AAAAGGAGUUCAAAAACGGACUCAUUUCCCGCUUCUGAAGAAGAAUCUCUGUCAAUCCGAAAGGGAACAAUCAUGGCGGUAAUUUCGAAUAACUCUAAUUCUCAAGAAGAUCCUCUCCUUCCAUGGCUAUGGUCGGUCAGGAAAGAACUAGAUAUUCUGAAAUUAAAUCCUGAUUCGGAAACAAAUCUUAAAACAAUUACCGAAGAGUGUAUUGUUAAAUUCAAAGACGAUCUUCGGUAUCGUAACGACAUCAGAUUCCUCAAGAUCUGGUUACUCUAUGGGGAUGCAGUUCAGGACUUGGAAAGUGUUUUUAUAGUAUUGGAGGAGGAUAAAAUUUGCCUUUCAAAAUCCUUGCUCUAUAUAGCAUAUGCUAAUUAUCUUGAAGUUAAAGGGAAAUUGGUCGAAGCUGAUAGUAUUUACAGAUUAGGGAUUUCAAGGAAUGCUGAGCCGCUCCAGGAACUGAAGCAGGUUCACCUUGACCUUAUUCAGAGAUGGUCUGAUGUAGUGAAUGGUAGCAAGACUGUCAAUGACGAACCUGUUAAGCUUCCUAUGAAAUUCAUGAAUCCAUGGGCAUCUUCUACCAUUAACAACUUACUAAAGGAGAUCAAUCCUCGGAUGUUGAAAUACAAGGGAUACCGUAUGCUUAAGAAAAAUAUUUCUACAAAACAGAAGUUGUCCUCGUUGCUGAAGAAUUCGAGGAACAAAAGUGUUGACAUAGGUGGAGAUAAGUACCUGAUUAAAGGCUGCUCAGGUCAGGGUGGAUUUGCCGAAGUAUUCAAAGCAUGUGUGAAUAGUGACCCCAAUGAAACUGUUGCUCUGAAGAUACAAACACCUGCUUUUCCUUGGGAAUUCUACAUGUACCGGGUGCUUGAUAUGCGCAUUUCCGAGGAAAGAUCAAGCUUUGCAUUCGCUCAUAAAGUUUAUAUCUACUCUGACUAUAGCAUACUAGUCUGCGACUAUUUAGACCAUGGAACUCUUCAAGAUGCGAUCAACUCUUAUGUAGUGCUUAACAAGACUUUAGAGGAAGAGCUAUGCAUGUAUUAUUGCAUAGAGAUGCUUCACAUGCUGGAGAUGUUACACAAAGUUGGCAUAAUUCAUGGUGAUUUUAAGCCUGAUAAUCUGCUUAUUCGCUACGCUCAGAAUGAUCUUACAGAGGAAGGCUUUUGUGGCCGUACUGGCUCUUGGCGUGAUCAGGGACUCUGCCUUAUAGACUGGGGUAGGGGGAUAGACCUUCGCCUCUUCCCUGAUGGUACAGAGUUUAAAGGAGAUUGCCGAACCUCAGGCUUUCGUUGUGUUGAGAUGCAAGAGAAUAGGCCAUGGACAUUUCAGGUUGAUCUUUAUGGUCUUUGCAUAAACGUGCAUCUAAUGUUGUUUGGUAAGUACAUGGCGAUUGAUAAGAAGGUUUUCAAAGAUGGGAGCUACCUCUACCAACCAAAAUCAGCCUUCAAAAGGUAUUGGAACGUUGAAUUGUGGAAGAAUCUCUUCACAAAGUUGCUUAAUAUUCAUCCCGGAGAGGACCACCUGAAGUUGUUAAGAAAUUUGAGGGAAUCGUUUGAAGAUCAUAUGACAGCGAACCCUAGUUUAAUUAAGAGACUUAAACCAUUACUGCAAAAACAAAGAAACUCUUUGUGUGCUUAAACACCUCUUAUUAGCCAUCUGAGUCUUGUCAAGAAUUUCCAACCUGAAUUUACUCUGAGAUGCAAGCCUGGUAAAAGAAUACCUAAACUAGGUUUGAAACCCCUUCGUUUUAAUGUUGUCUGCCUGAUCACUUUUCUUGUGCAUUUACUCUGAGAUGCAAGAAGAGAUUGUCUUGGGGCAAUAUCAAAUGUUCUUGCAUAUAGCUAUUAUUAGUGCCCUUAGAAAUUAGUGUUGUAAGCUAAUGAUCCUUCUGAGAGUGUUCAUGUAAUCUAUAUCUUCCGUUGUAAUUAUUAACAUAAUUUCAUAACUUAUCUAAAAAAAAUUCUUCUUUCAAAGUUUCAAUUA